AUGUACACCUACACUCCCACCCACCGUUUCCUGGUCCUCUCUGCUACUGAGUCUGGCCCAUACGACCCCAGCAACAAGUUCCUGGUACUGUCCCCCACCGAGUCUGGCCCUGACCCUCGCGUCUGGGAGGACCAGCCUCGGGUUGAGACCAGUUCAACCGAGCAGAGCCCUAAUGUGACUCCCAACCGUGCUCGUACCAACAGCUCUCUUUCAACUUCCUCCUCAUCCUCUCUCAAUGACCUUGUUGCCACCCUUCCCAACGGGUUCCUCUACCUCGGUCAUGGCAAGAAGCACUAG